AUGCCAGCGAGUCGUGGUAGCACGUACACCAUUGCGAACCUGAUUGCAGACCGGCUUGCGGCGGCAAACGUGGAGCUCGUGUUCGGUGGACACGGAGCAGCUGCGAGUCCUCUUAUCACAGCGAUUGUGCAGCAUCCACGUCUGCACUGGGUUCUCGUUCGAAACGAAACUGCCGCACCGUUUGCCGCAUCUGCAUACGCCAAGUAUUAUCGGAAGCUGGGUGUGUGCGUUACCACCUCGGGUCCGGGUGCCGCCUACACCGUGUGCGGCAUGGUGGAUGCGCUUGCGGACUCUGUGCCGGUGCUCCUACUCAGCGGCCUCGUGUCGCGGAGUAACAUCGGACACGAGGGCUUCCAGGACACCCGAACAGCACAACUGAUGCACGGAGCAGGCGUCCAGUUUGCCAAGGCCCCCAUGACUGCCGAUCGCUUCCUUUCUCUGCUGGACUCGGCUAUCCGCUUCGCCCUGGAGCGAAGCACAGCAGCACAUCUGGCGAUACCAGUAGAUGUGCAGACGUCGCCCUCAGACGAGAGCGCCCUGGCUCGCCUUCCCUUUCAUAUUGCCGAGGUACCGCGCUGCGCUGCCGUUUCCGUGGAGCACGCUGGACGCCUUCUGCUGGGACAUCGCGUCGUCAUUCUGUGCGGGUUGCGUGCAGCACAGGCUCGUUGCUCGAGUACGAUUUUGAAACUCGCAGAAACGCUCUGUGCGCCGGUGAUUACCACACUGGACGCCAAGGGUGCCGUCGAUGAGCAUCACCCGCUGGUACUCGGUGUUGACGGGAUCUUUGGGAACCCCGGCAUGGCAGCGCCGCGGGCCCUCGUCAGCACUGCCGAGUGUAUUCUGGCGAUAGGCGUCGAUCGUUGCGAUCCAGUCGUGCUCGAUUCUACUGGUCAACAGCAGGUCCGAGUAUUCGGUGUAGACGAUACACUGGCUACGCGCCUCCAGGUCUACUACCAUGUGGAGUGUAUGCUUAUCGAUCCUGAAUUGGAGGCCCUGCUGAGCGCACUAACAGCGAGCGUGCGGGAGAUGCAAUCAAAGCGCAUGCUGCCGCCGGGCCCUCAACAGGCCCGGGACUACUCGAGCCGGCUCUGGAAGUACUUUUUAGACGGUGAAUGGCGUGAGCGUCAAGCUUCAUUGCCUUCAUCGCCGCGUCGUGCUGCAGUUUUGAGCAAAACGCCACACGCUAUGGUCACUGGCAGGCGCUCCAUGCUGGACACAGACGAUACCGCUGACGAGGGCGAUGAUGAGGUACGCGGCUUCUGUCAUCCGCGCCACCUGCUCACCGCCUUGUCCGCGAAACUUGGUCCAGACGAUGUUGUGGUUGUGGAUAUCGGAGAUGUUACCAUCUGGGCAGGUCUCUGCCUCUGUUUCGAUGGGCAGGGAACGCGUCUGCUUUCCAGCAUCAACAUGGGCAGUAUGGGGUACGCGGUUCCGGCUGCCGUUUCGAUGGGCGUCUCGCUGAAGAGACGCAAAAGCGAGGGUGUCGUCUACCUCAUCACUGGCGAUGGCGGUUUCGAAAUGGCUGAACAGGAACUUGGAACUGCCCUGCAGCAGGGCCUCGAUAACCUUGUCGUGAUUGUCCUCCGCAACGGCGUUAUGGGACGGGUACGCUUUGGGAAUACUGGCGUCGCUGGCGACGAAAUCAUCCUUCCAGACUUGCAGCGACUCGCCCAGGCGUACCGUAUGGGCUUCGCCCGCGUCCAGCGACCAGCGGAAGCACCGGCGGCGUUGGAGUCCGCUCUUGCUGCACAGCAACGAGGCGAUGCCCGGCACUCGUUCCUCAUCGAUCUGGUCGAGAGCCCUGAGCUCAAGGCCGAGUACGCCACCGUGGAAAGCAACCGGGUACCAGUAUUGCGUCUGAUUGCCGAAUACCUGCCUACCGAGGCGCUCACUGCUAGCGACAUGGAGCUGUUGAGUAUCUUUGACCUGGACAACGACGGACUCAUCUCACCCGAAGAGAUGCGGAUUGCCCGCCAGGUUUUCGACAGCUUUAUCAUGGUGCAUCGACAGCGUCAGCGGAUGGACGCUGAAUCCGCGGGCGAAACGGAGGAUGUUGCCGCGAGCGCCGCGUUGUCAACUGAGGAUCGCGAAUAUCUUUUGCAGCUACUGCGCAGUGGCGACUUUUUCGGUUGCAUCGCCUCCCAGAAACUCCUGGUAGAGCCGCUGGAGUCCAGUCCGGAUUCCAACCAGAGCCCGGUCAAGGUCUACAACCUGCAUCCACAUGCACCACAACCGCCAGGCAGCCGAGCACGAGCGCUGGGCUCCGUGCGGAACCUCAUCGAGGGUAAGAUACCGUCCGUAGAGGCGCUGUCGCGGAUUCCAAUCGAUUCCCAAGACUAUAUUGCGGGUUUUGAGCUGGGCACCGUGGACGGUCGUCCGCCGGAGACCAUGGGUGAAGCCAUCAUCGUUCACGGGACUGCGUAUUGUACGCUGACCGGUGAACUGCCAGCAGCAACGUCUCCAGCGACGUCCGACGGGACCAGCAAUCAGCAGCAAAGCCCAGCGGAAGCGCCUGAGGCGCCACCAGCCGAGUACUACCGCACGGUGCGUGGACGGUACCUCUCGAGUGUCGCGUUCCUGGGCAUGCCCCAGGGUGCUGUACCCGACUUUUACGUAUCAUACGAGGCGCCCGGCGUGCAAUUGCCUACCGGGGUUCAGGGUACCAAUGCUGGCUCCAAGAAAAUACCAGCAGGCCUGCCGUGGUCACGUGUACUCAAUGAUCUGUACCUGCAGACGGGAACGACGAACCCCCUGUUCUUCUACGGCAUCGCUGAGUUUUCGCAUUUCACAGCGACAGCUAUUUCACGGGCGCCCGUUUUCAACGAAAAUGUGAUUGCCAAUCGCCACAAGUACUAUCGAGAGCCGAAUCUGAUCACCGGCUCUCAACCCGCAGCCGUAGUGGGUCUGUUGAGCGUCGCGGAAGCCAUUGAGGAUGAGGCAUUUCGCACGGCCCUGGAUGCACACCUCUACCGCGGCUACUUCCAACUCUAUGCGGAUCGCGAUACCGUCGAUGCCUCGCCUGAGCAGCAGACGCCCCAAGAUGGACACGUUGCUGACCAGGGCGAUCAUUCGUGCCACACUUGUCGACUCAUGGCGCUGCAGAGGAUCCGUUCGGAGCUGCAGCAGCACCCGUCGCUGCUGCUCUCUCAUACGCAUGCGCUGGCGUUGCGGCGACCAGUACAACACCUGGGCGACAUCGAGCCGGAUGUUGUUUGGCGAGCAGUGCACCUGUUGGCGAACUCGUGCGUCACCAAAGUCCACAUGUCCGUUCACGUCGUUCGUGGAUUGGAUGCACUUGAAAGCGGCACCUGA